ACCGCUUCUUUCAUGAAUGAAGCGAGCAGGAAAACAACACAUGUUUUCACACAACUCGUCAUUCGUUGAGGAACGGUCGAUUCGGUGUGUUACUUUGUUAGACAAUUCAGCAAUGCGAAAGGUGUUUUUUGGCAAAAUCGUUCACUCGAAAUCUUUCGACGAACUUGAAGUUAUCGCCGAUGGUUUUCUGGCUGUACGGGAUGGAAAGAUAGUUGACAUCGGAGCGAGAGCGGGGCAUGAAUCGCUUCCGGAGAGGGACUCGUACGAGCCGGUGACCCUUGCAGAGUCACAGUUCCUGCUGCCCGGUUUCAUCGAUUGCCACAUUCAUGCUCCCCAGUGUCCGAAUAUAGGGCUGGGGAUGGACAAGGAUCUGCUUGGGUGGCUGAAUGCGUACACGUUCCCACUGGAAGCGCAGUACCGGGAUGGUGAAUUCGCGCGUCAAGUUUACAGCGCCGUGGUGCGUGAUACGAUCGCCAGUGGGACCACCUGUGCUUGCUACUUUGCGACGAUUUACAACGAAAGCAACAAGGUGCUGACCGAGGAGAUCAUCCGCCAGGGACAGCGAGCGUUCGUCGGGAAGGUUUCCUCCAAUCGACUCUGCCCGGAUUAUUAUGUUGAGUCCUCCACCGAAACUUCCAUACGGGAUAAUAUUGACUUCAUUGAGUUCGUACUCUCGAAAAAUGUUGAUCGAGUUAAGCCGAUCAUUACUCCGCGAUUUGCAAUUACGUGUGAUAUGGAGUUGAUGAAAAAACUGGCAGAAUUAGCCAAACGCUAUGAACUCAACAUAACAUCGCACAUCUCGGAGAGUAUCGGGGAAAUCAAGGCGAUCGGGGAGUUUUAUCCCGAGCACAAGCACUACACGGAUGUGUACGAUGAUGCUAAGCUAAUGACCAGCCGCUGCUUGAUGGCACACGGAGUACAUCUGAAGGACACAGAACUGAAGGUUUUCAGCGCCAGGGGAUCGUCGGUAGCACACUGUCCAACGUCGAACACUUGUUUGGGGUCAGGAUUGUGUGAUGUUAAGCGUUUGUUAGCCGCGAAGGUGAAGGUGGGACUGGGCACAGAUGUUUCCGGGGGCAAUAGGAUGGGAAUAUAUGAUGUUAUGAGAAGUGCCUUGGAUGUGUCCCAUCAUUUGAGUAUGAUGAAGAAACAGGACGUUAAAGGAACUGGCAAGGUGACACCAGUCACCAAAGAAAACGAGGAAUAUACACCAAUGAACUAUAAGCAAGUUGUUUAUCUGGCGACGCUUGGUGGUGCAGAAGCUUUGUCAAUCGAGGAGAAGGUGGGCAACUUUGCGAUUGGUAAAGACUUCGACGCCUUGCUCAUUGACACAUCGCGCUAUCCGAUCACCAACUAUCAGCUUCCAGCGGUGCUCACUGAGAAAAAAUCACCCGAAGAGCUACUACUGGAACAGGUUCAAAAAUUCGUCUACGUUGGAGACGACCGAAACAUCGCCAAUGUGUUCGUCGCCGGACAGCAAGUGAAAUGAAUUACAUUCCAAGCGUGAUGAUCGAGUCGUAACAGUGGAAUUGAAAAUGUAGCAUCUUUUUAUCUAAACGAAAUAAAUUAACGUAUAAUUGCAA